UGUGCAAUGUGGUGAUAUCUAGGACCCCCUUGAUGAGCGCCGCAGCCUCCAGGUCCCCCCAGCUGGCAGUCGUGUGUGUGCGCCCGGGGUGGGAGGAGUGCUGCACGCCGCCUCGUCACGGACCUCGCCACAAAUUAUCCAGUUCUGUAUUAGUCAUGUUAGGCGGGGUGAGGUGUGGGUUGGUGCGGAUUCUCCGGCCCUCAUCACCAUCAUUGUCUCGUGCCCUCACCAUCAGCGCGGCACCUCGGCAAGCAACAGCACCGGCAGCGGAGCAGCAGACGUCAGCGCCAAGAUCAGUAUGGGAAGUGCCCGGACCAAGGGUUUACCCUCUGAUCGGGUGUCUUCCUUCCUUUCUCUUAGACAAGUCCACUCGUAACAAUCAAGUUCACCUCUUCUUUCACAAGAUGUUAGAGAGGUAUGGACCUAUCGUCAAAUUUAUAUCUCCAUUAAACCCCCCGAUACUGAUUAUUGCCAAGCCUGACGAUGCCGAAACCCUGAUAAGAGCCACCAUGGAUAACCCCAUCAGGGACGGCUUCACUUCUCUCGAGAAGAUAAGGAAGGAAGCUGCGGACAAUUACUUCGAGAACAAAACUGGAUUGUUGACAGAAAAUGGAGAGGAGUGGUGGAGAGUCCGGAGCCGAGUCCAGACCUCAAUGAUGAAGGUCAGGGAGGUGCUUUCCUACCUGCCUGUCAUGGAUCAAAUUUCUAUGGAGUUCAUGAACAGAAUUGCAUCACUUCAGUCACAGUUUGGCGAGAUGCCGCAUGACUUCCAGAAUGAAAUAUACAAGUGGGCCCUUGAGUCUGUUGGCUCUGUAGCACUGAAUCGUCGACUCGGGUGUCUGGAUCCUAACAUAGCAGCUGACUCGGAACCCAUGAAACUAAUCAAGCUGGCAAAUGAAUUCUUUAGUUCUCUGAGUGAAGUAGAAUUCAGUUCUCAUCUUUGGAUGCUGGUCCAGACCCCGUCUUUCAGAAGGCUUAAGAAGACCCAUGAGGAAUUUCUGGAAAUUGCUGACAAGAACAUACGUGAGACGGAGGCAGCGCUGCAGGCCCGGACUGCCAGUGGCGGGCAAGGGGAGAUGACGCUGAUGGAGGCCUUGCUUCUCAAGCCCGGGCUCUCCCGCAAGGACGUUGUCACCCUCAUCCUGGACAUGCUCAUCGCUGGCAUAGACACGACCUCGCACACUCUGGCCUUCACACUGUACCUGCUGGCCAGGAACCCGGAGGUGCAGAAACGACUGCAGGAGGAGGUCGACACAGUGCUCGGGGAUCACACCGGCUCCCUCACACCGAACCACCUGGCCCAGCUGUCCUACCUCAAGGCCGUCGUUAAAGAAUCCAUGAGGGUUUUUCCCAUAGUUUUUGGAACUGGAAGAGUUUUGCAGAAGGACGUCGUCCUUAGGGGCUUCCUAAUUCCUAAAGGGUGGUCGGUGGUCGCCUUGAGUAUGACGACAGGUUGGGACGAGUCGGAGUUCCCUCGGGCGAAGGAGUUCCUUCCUGAUCGCUGGUUGAGGCACCAGCCUCUUGGGCCCAUCCAUCCCUAUGCUUCCCUGCCUUUCGGGGGCGGCACCAGGAUGUGUAUUGGUCGACGCAUCGCUGAACAGGAACUAUACACCUUUCUUGCUAGGGCGAUGCAGCGCUUCACCGUUGAUUACAAAUACCAAGACAUGGAGGUCAUUUGUCGUAUGGUGUUAACUCCCUCACGCCCACUAAAGUUCACCUUCACCCAGAGGAACUGACAGUGAACCAGGAUGGUGCACAGCUCACAUGAAUAAAACAGUACUGCCUAUUAGGAGAGUGAAGAUGAAUUGCAUUAAAGAAAACAGUGAAUAUUUCCAGAAUAAACGAACGUUCAUGUU